CGUUACUAUUUAUCUUUUUCUUUUAAUAUUAUUGUUCUUGAAGCUACCUGCCCCGAGGAUAAAUACAUAUACUAUGUCGACGUCUCAAUCCAGUGGACACUCAACUUCUCUUCGCACUAUCCUCCUUCUUAUUACCCUAGCAAUCACUGGAGCUCUAGCUGGCGUCGUGGAGAGACAAGCCGGAUGCAAGCACAAGCAAUCUCCUGGUGCUCACGCUUCCUGCAGGGCCAGGGUUAACGCACGGGUUGAUUGUCAGCCAACGGCACACACUGGCAAUACACCCUGCUACAAACUUCAGCAAUCGAAUUAUGUUGAUGUCUGGCGUUAUGCGGCCGGCGAGAAAGUUCGACACAACGACCAGAUCAACGGGGAAUGGGCCCUUGUUGACCCCGAUCCAAUCUUCGAUGCAGCUAAGACGGAAUGCUGGAUUCCGGUUCUUUACCUCGGUCGCUGUUACAGCUAGGCGCAGCGGAUUUAUCCUUGACUAACCUAACCGUGCACUAUACGACAGUCAACGAAGCACCUAAGGAUCAAGGUAUCUUCAAAGCGAUAAAAGUAUGGAGGAGAAGAGAGCGCUCAUGCGGGAUUAAACAUUCCCAAGCAACAUGAAGGUUAGGGCGGGAUUGACGAAGGCUGCACCUGCACUCGCCUCGUAGCCUUUAAAACUCGAAAAGAAUUCCGCCUCGUUCUUAUUUGAUAGUAGUUAGCUUAAUUAACUACGAUAUAUCGUGACACGAUGGCACAAUGAGUUGCUCUAGAGUGUGGCCAAGGACGGAGACUAGUGAGUCUAUAUCCGCGUGUAGAUUAAUACCCUAGCUAAUUAAGCCACCCAGUCU